AUGUCUGAUCGGUUCACAAUAAACGACGCCCAAUGGCAACAACUUGUCAAUAGAGUAAAGGAGCACUACAAACCAAAUGACUCAAACAGGUACCUUAUUUCCUUAGCAGGUGUUCCAGGUGCAGGAAAGACUACAUUUGCAAACAAAAUGGCAAUCGAGUUGACGAAACAAGUUGCCCCAACUAUGGUCCUUUCGCAAGAUGGCUUUCACUUGUACAGAUCUGAAUUACAAGCAAUGCCUAAUGCAGAAGAAGCAAUUAGACGGAGAGGAGCUCCGUUCACAUUUAACUCAAAGGCGUUUGUCAAAUUGGUAUCAGAAUUGAAGAACAAAAGUAACAUAGUGAAGGCUCCAUCAUUUGACCAUAAAGUGAAAGAUCCCAUCGAGGACGACAUUGUGAUUGACUCAACGGUGGGAAUUGUAAUUAUUGAAGGCAAUUACACAUCCCUUAGAGAUGAAGGAUGGAAUGACCUCGGCUUUUUUGUUGAUGAUACUUGGUUCAUUUCAACUCCUGAACCAAUAGUAAGGUCACGAAUCAUCAAACGACACUUGGAGGCUGGUAUAGCCCAAAAUGAGCAAGAAGCAACCGAAAGAGCUGAUGGAAGUGACUUACAAAAUGCAAAGUACAUUAUUGAAAACUCAAAAAUUACCAAUGUCCUUAUACAAGCUAAAUAG